CAUGGCGGCAGGUUCUGUGGAAUCUACGUUGCCUUUCAUUUCUCGUCGAUCUCCUGUUAUUUCCCUUUAUGGAGCGGUUGCUUCAAGUCAACCACUAGCAACAGACGCAGGAUUACAGAUUUUGCGAGCUGGUGGAAAUGCAGCCGACGCAGCAGUCGCUGUUGCCGCCUGUUUGAAUGUGACGGAACCUUGCAGCACUGGUAUAGGAGGAGAUGCGUUCGGUUUAUUUUAUGACGCGAAAAAGAAAAUUGUCAAAGGAAUCAAUGGGAGUGGACGGGCAUCGUCCAACUUGACGUUAGAUUCCCUGAAAAGAGCAGGUGUUGUGAAGCCAGAGGAUGAUCAUUUGCCUUACACUUCUGCCCACUGUGUCACUGUCCCUGGGGCUGCCGCUGCUUGGUGCGACACAGUGGAACAGUUUGGAAGUGGAGAGUUAUCUAUGAAAAAUAUUUUACAACCAGCAAUUGACUUAGCAAAAGAAGGAUUCCCUGUCCACCAAGUUGCUGCAUAUUUCUGGAAUAAAUGUGGGUCGUGCCUCCAAGUUCCAACAAAUAAACAUGGAUGUGAUAUGUUGCUAAAUGGACAUCCUCCUAAAGCAGGUGAUGUCAUGGUGAUGCCACACUUAGCUGCAACAUUUGAGGAAUUAGGUUCAAAAGGGAAGGAUAGUUUUUAUAAAGGACGUAUAGCCAAAGCAAUAGUUGAUGUUAUACAAGAGCAUGGUGGAUUGUUAUCCCUUGAAGACUUAGAGCAACAUCACAGCACCUUUGAUGAACCAAUAAAGACUUCCUACCAUGGGAUAAAUGUUUGGGAAAUGCCUCCAAAUGCACAGGGAAUCACUGCACUACUGGCCCUGAACAUACUGGAGGGAUUUGACAUCCAAGGUAUGACACAUAACUCCAGCGAGUAUCUCCACACCUUGAUUGAAGCUCUGUCAUUAAGUUUUGCGGAUACUUUGUGGUAUAACGCCGACCCAAGUAAAGUUAAAGUACCCGUUAGUGGAUUAUUAAGUAAAGAAUAUGCAGCAAAACGUCGAACCCUUAUCGCGCCGCACAGAGCGUUAGGAAGCUAUGAGCGAGGUUCGCCAUUCAGUUGCAGUGACACUGUGUAUUUCAGUGUUGUGGAUGCUCAAGGUAAUGCUUGUUCCUUCAUCAACAGUAAUUACCAAAGCUUUGGUACAGGCCUGGUUCCUGAAGGCUGUGGAUUUACUCUUCAUAAUCGAGGCGCUAAUUUUUCACUUCGUCCAGACCAUCCAAAUGUCCUUGAGCCAAUGAAGAGGCCAUACCACACCAUCAUCCCUGGUAUGAGUACGCAUGAGGAUACUGGGGAGCUUUUUGCUUGUUUUGGUGUCAUGGGAGGCUUUAUGCAGCCACAAGGACAUGUGCAGGUCCUGCUUAAUAUGAUCGACUUUGGGAUGGACCCUCAACAAGCCUUGGACAUGCCAAGAUUUUGUAUCCAGAGUGAAGGUCAGGGCCUUGGGUCCGUUUUCCUUGAGGACGGUAUUUCCGGAAAAGUCGCCAAAGAGCUCAGUGAACUCGGACACAAAGUUGCAUACCCAGUGUGUGGCCACAACAGGAGUGUUUUUGGACGGGGUCAAAUAAUUACUCGUAAGAAAGCACCUUGCAACAAUGGACUUGAACGGGAUGUUUACUGGUCUGGUUCUGAUCCUAGAGCCGAUGGAUUAGCAUGUGGAUUGUAAAUCAUAGCAACGGCUUGAGCUCUUCGUGGUGACUUAGAACUUUAAGACUUAGAACUUUUAGAACUUUAGGGUUUUAAAAGUGUGCGCAAGCUAUUGGAUCCAAUCUACGACUGUGGAGGGGAAAUCAAAGUCUUGAUGAUUAUAAAUUAUAUUGUUAUAUACCCAGACUUUCACUCAACAAAACGAGUACUGUGAUUGGUUAAAUAUUGGUCACGUGCCCCUGGUCAAAUUCAAAUGUCUCCCGACCGGGAUACAAUUGUGUAGUUGUUGCCCGCGCGCUGAAUGCAACACCAUAUUUUUGCCAUAUGAUUGUUAGCGGGAAAGUCUAAAUAUACAGCAAAGCACUUAAUGUAUGGUCCCACGGGAAACUAGUCUGUUUUGUUUUCUCUCGAGUCCUGAUGUCAGAACUCUCAGGAAAACAAAACCAAGUGUUUCCCUCGGGACCAUACAUAAAGUGUAAAAUGAUGCUAGGAAACCCAUCGGCUUACUUAAUUUCCAUAGCUAAUCACGCGUAAUGAAAUAAAGAACUCGUCCGUUUUGACAAGAAGGGUUCUGAAGCAAAAUUGCGAAGGUCUUAUUCCUCCCAGAAUGUACGAUUAAAAUGUGUUAUUUUUGUA